AUGUUGACCACAAGCUGGCUCACACGCCACGCUGCUUCUCUAGCGACACGUACGACGUGCUCGUCCCUCUCCUCGACCACCACUCGAUCGUCAUCUGGCUCGUCUGGCUCGUCUGGCUCGCCUGGCUCGUCUGGCUCGUCUGGCCCGUCUGGCCCGUCGUCGUCGCAGCCAUCGCCGUCGCCGUCGCCGUUUCGCAACUGCUCGAGCUCGUCGUCGCCGUUGCAGUCGUCGCCGUCGUCAGCAUGGUCGCACCGAACAUUCACCUCCACCUCAGCUUCCGCCGUUCCAUCACAGUCUUCCACUGAGGUCUCAUCGACCACCACAUCCAACACGCCGUCCACCUCUUCCGCCGCCACCACACCACCCUCGACCUUGUCCGAACGAGUGGCGCAUGCUCGCCGUCUACGAAGCUCGCCCUCGGACUCGGCCUCACAGGAGCAACUCGUCCGCACCAGCAGCUCCAACAGUGCGGAAGCGAUCGACCGCUUGCUCUCAAAGUCGAUCGCAAGCGCCGCACAAGCCGCGAACCAAGACACGACUGCGAGUGCGAGCAAGUCGGACCCGUCGCAACCCGAUCCCAAUCUGCCCAAUCUGCCCAAUCUGCCCAACGGCACAAUAUCAUCCUUUGCUCGCCAGUUCACUCCUCAGCGCCCUGCACUUCGUCGGGUCAGAAGUAAGCAACGUGCUUCGACCCCGCCGACGCAUAACGAGAUGCUCGAAGCGACCGCCGCCGAGCCCCGCCAGUCCUCCACUCGUCGGGCAGCCCCAUCCACUUCAACCUCCACCUCCUCGCCCGCGUCAGCGCCCUCGUCAGGCUGGAAAUCGCGCCGCGUGUUGUCAUCGCGGCUGCCGCUGCCGUCCCACGAAAGGGUCGUUUCGAAAACAUUGUGGCAACUCAACCGGCUCGAAGGCCGGCUCACAGCUGCCGAACGGACACUAGCUUCCCUCGAAACGCCUUGGGAGGCCCUGGACACCGAAGCAAGAAGCACCUUACAGAAACUCUACCAGAACAGGAUACAGCGAGAGCUGUCAGGCCCAUCCAAAACGGUGAGCAGCCCAUUCUUCGUUGCUGAUUGUCGGCUGCCUGACGUUGAACCCGCUCUUCGACGUGCAGGUUCCUUCGAAACACCCCAAGGAGUCAGACGCUGCGCUAGAUGACACUGGGAUGGGGGACAUAGACCAUCUGGUCCAUGUAGCACGGCUUUCAGAGGUACCCAGGGACGAUUCACCUUUCUUUGGCGAGUUACAUGGAAAGCGGAAACGUCUUCAUGUGAGUCAUCUGAAUGACAGGGACCCAACUUCUCGCUGCACAGUAGCUUACAAAGCUUCUCGAAUGGACAGACCCACUUGGUCAAGACCCUCCAAGUGCGCCAAGGCCAGCUCCAGCGAAAGCUCGCUUGGUUACAACGGGAGCGAUUGCCGCCACCAGGCUCAUCGACUUCCUCGACCAGGAACGCGACCAGACUCGAACCCGAAUUGCCCCCUUUGCCUCCGCGUUCAGACUACUCGAACUUUUUGACAGCUGCGUCGACGCCGGUGACCGUGCUACCUCAAUCCCCGGCGCCUAUCGCAAAGCUUACUCAUGGCCUCCAGCGCGUCCUCUUCAACCCCGGUGUCCACUUUCUCCAAGAUCCUCGAUCUCGCGUUUGGAAUUUUCCCCGAGGACUUCUCAACGAUGUCCCACCUAUCGAGGAUUUCGAUCAGUCCAAACUGCCACGCUACGUGACGAGUUCGGAGGACAAAGAUCUGAUGGCCCUCGCCCAGAAGGAGGGCAAGAAACUCGUUGGAAGCACGAGCUCGACCGUAGCGAUGCUUUGUCAGGUGUGUAGAGAACCCAACAAAAGGGUCAUACGAAAAGGGUGCGGUCCUGACUCCUCCUCCUCAUGCCUAGAUCUACUUCUGGAUCAGUAAAGGAAAGGAAGUCAAUUUGGAGAUGCUGUCGAGCAUAUGGGCGAAGCAGGUCAGUCUCCUGCUCAUUGAACACAAGUCGGUGCUUCAAGUCUGAGCUCGGGUCGUUGUUGCUGUCUCUCCGCAGAACAAGGACUUCAGCAUGGGACAGCAGCUACCUGCUUCCGUCGAGCUCCUUUACGAGGACGGACGGUAUUCGAUUGAUGCGGACAAAUCAAUCGAUGUCACUUCGGGGAUGAAUGUCUUGGCCGACUAUGUGAGUUUGCACUGUGACGAUGAGUUGUACUAACGUGGGCUGAGUCAGUGCAUUUUGAACGGUGUCCGCAGGGUCACAUGAUGGAGAAGCUGUUGACGACAGAUCAGCCCGAGUUCAGGAGGUUCCUCAAGUCAAGCCUGAACCCCGCUGCCUCCGAAGUUGAUCAACGUCAGGCGUAUCACUACAUGGCGGUAAAUUGCAGCAGAGCAACGGUCUACCGUGAAGGAGUAUUGGGCGCUGACUUUAACCUGCUGCUUUGAAUCUUUAGACGGAUCACAUGGUCCUACGUUCUCAGCUCGAUGCGCAUGACCCGCAUCUCCCCAAUGUCUCCUUCGAUCUCAAGACCAGGGGGACGAUCGCCAUCCGCCAAGAUCGGCUGAAUUACAUCGAAGGCGCCGGCUACACUGUCGAUCGGCUGCGAGGACUGUGGAACUCGUUCGAACGCGAGUACUACGAUCUCAUUCGCUCGGCCUUCCUCAAGUACCAGUUCCAAGCGCGCAUCGGCCACAUGGACGGUUGCUUCGUCGCUUACCACUCGACGCGCACGUUCUACGGCUUCCAAUACGUCCCGAUUGAAGAAAUGGACGUUGCGUUGUUUGGCAAUCACGAGACGGGCAACCAAAUCUUCCGACUUGCUUUGGGCUUCUUGGAACGGAUUUUACUUGAAGCGACGAGUCUGUACCCAGAGCGUUCGAUUCGAAUGACCUUUGCCGCCAGUCCGAAAGAAGAUGUGCUGAGGGUUUUCGUCACGCCCCAAUCCUCCGGCGGAUCGACCACGGAUGAUGUUGCGGGCCCUCUGACUUUGCUCGAGUACAGAGGGACGAACUACGUCAACGGACAACCCGUUCGACACGUCAUGAUCGGUCCCCGAGAGGACACCCCCGCACCCCCUACGCCCAAGCCAGCAGCCGAUGAGGCUCCGGUCCGUACGACUCCGCCCCACCUACUUCCCUCUAAAUGGGAGAUCGGAUACUCCGUGACUCGAUCUUCGACCUCCGACCCCGACGGGUCGCCUUUGCCUCCACAAGAGGUUCGAAGCAUGUUGGCGUCCGUGCGGGCGACUCAGCGCAUGUUCUCGACCUUGUACUUGCCGUCCGGGAUCAGUCUACACGAUUUGGAGGACGCGAGGAAGAGGGUCGCGGCCGCUUACGAAACAGGAGAGGAACCUAGCGAAGAUGACCUCAAGCUCAUCAAGAUGUUACCGGAGCGGGAAGGGAUGAAGUAUGGGCGACCAUCGAAACUGGUCUCUCAAUUGAGGAUGCGGGCGAAGAGCAACGCCAAAACGAACGAGCAGCAGGAGUCGGACGAUGAGACUAGUGGACAUUACGAGAUGAGGUCGACCUUGGUGUCGAGGAAGAAUCGACUUGAAGAGCAGUAG